AUUUUUCUUGGCGAACGUUCAAAGGGUGGGUCGGAUAACCGACGAAAUCGUCCGGGGUGCGGUCAGGGGCCCCGGCUCGUGUAAAGCGUUGCGCAGGACUUAACCGAGGAUCUAAUCUCGCGCACAAAAUCAUCCGAGCUACCUUACGGACCUCAGGCUUUUCUUUAUUUCUUUACAGUAACGCCAAGCCCGCGGCGGCCGUAGCAGACGACUUGUAGCAGACGACGCCGCAUCCCGUCGUAACAAGUGCCGCCUCCGCUACCCCUCGUUUCCUUUCCCGUCGGCCCGGCGAGAAAUUGGUCGAUAAUCGCCUUCGAUUUCGGCCCGGCCGUGCUUGAUUCGUCCCGUUUACCGACCAUGUUCGCAUCAUGCGCUACGUAACCGCCGUACUCCUUUGUCUGGCCGCCGCCGCAGCAGUAGAAGUCCGCGCGGAGUUCGCCAGCGGCGGCGGUGUAGCGGACUACGAGAGUCUCUACCAUUCAGCGGUCGAGUCGUACCUGAGCGCACAGUGGGCGCAAUGCGUCGCCAGCGCGAAGGACGCCCUCGAGGCGUACAGGAAGCACGUCGACGUCGUGGUGACAUGUCGCAUCAAGUGCAGCGACAGACUCGGUACAGGGGUCCAGUGCGCGACGGUAAACGCCUUCUACGUAGCGCGCGCGGCCCAAGCCCGCUGCCUACGGAACUGCACAGGUGUUGGGCACGACGGGGCGUCGGACGCCACCCUCCGCGAUUUCAGGGAUCGUGUUCCGUACUACUACCUCCAGCGGUGCUACUUCGAGCUUGGCGACACAAAGGAAGCUGCAUCCGCUGCCUACACUUUCUUGGAACGCAAUCCAGGUCACAGCCUUGUAAGCUUCCAUCUAAGCCAGUACCUGGAAGUGUCUGGCCUUAAUAAAAGAGAUAUCGCCUCUCUGGAAGUCAAGGAAUAUCAGAACCUCUUUCGCAGUGCCGCAACAUUGUACACGAAGAAGAAAUAUGCGGAGUCAUUGGCAGUUAUGGAGGAAGCGAUAUCUAGCUAUCUCAAAGCUGAAGAAGAAUGCCGCGCACUCUGUGAUGACUUUCUGCCGACUGCAUUCACUACGAGGGAGUUCGCUGAAGUUGCUGCAGGUCACCACUUGGCAUCACUGAAGUGCAAAGAACAAUGCCCUGAUCAGCUUUCUUAUUUGGAUGGACAUCGCCGGCCUAACUUCUUCGCCAGCUUCUACCACUACCUUCAGUUCUCUUACUACCAGCUGGGCAAGUUACAGAAAGCGUGUGAGGCGACACAGUCCUACCUGCUGCUUGUGCCGGAUGAUAGCGAAAUGUGGUACAACCAGGCAUUCUACGCCCAGCUCCCCAGCACUCAAGAUGCCUGGUUCAAGGCAAGGCAGGAGGUCGAAGAAUAUGUCAGACAUCGAGGAGAAGAGCAGGAGACAAUAAAAGCCAUUGAACUGCAGCUUGGCACAGUCGUGGCGGCACCUCAAGUCAAAGAAAGCGACACAAAGGAUGCAUCUUUCAACACAAGCAGUAUCACAGUUGUUCAAGAUGAGAAGGCCCUCAACGGAACUCGUGUCGUGGCCGAAGGGUUCUUGACUGAGGACGAAUGUGCGGCCUUGCUCUCACUAGCCGACAUUGCUGCUCUCACGGGUGAUGGCUACGACGGCAAGCAGUCUCCCCACAGCAAGUUUGAGACAUUCGAAGGAAUCACUGCUGGCCGAAUUGCACUUCUCACAAGAAAUGGCCAGAUAGACAAGCAGCGGGCCGAACUUUUUCUCGAGGCUAGUGAGCGUGUGAGGAGGUACGUCAAGUCUUACUUCAACUUGGACUCACAUCUGUACUUCUCUUACACCCACCUUGUCUGCAGAAAAGCCAUGUCUGGUGCUUCCAGGAGACCUGAAAGUGACAUGAGCCACUCAAUUCAUGCUGACAACUGUAUUCUUCAGAAAAGUGGGAAUUGCCUUAAGCAGCUACCAGCCUACAUCUGGAGAGACUUCAGUUCCGUGUUGUACCUGAAUGACGACUUUGUGGGUGGGGAAUUCGUCUUCGCCAGGCAAAAAAACAGCAUAGAGGCCUUGGUAAAACCAAAGUGUGGCCGUGCCGUGGCGUUCUCCGCGGGUGCAGAAAAUCUCCACGGUGUGCUUCCCGUCGCAGAAGGGAGGCGCUGCGCACUUGCCACGUGGUACACUUUUGACCCGAAAUAUCGGGAGGGGGAACGAGAGUUCGCGCACAACAUCAUCAACCAGCGUCACUCGUCGGGACGUCAAGAAAAACUGCCAUCAGAACUGCCCAAAGAAGAGCACUUGAUGCUAGCUCCACCACGCAGUCUUUCAGUCCAAGGCACUGCGAAUCGUCAUAUUAAUGAACUGUGAUGUAAAGUUGGGCCGAAUCUUACUAACUCGCAUAAAAGCUUACACAAACACAGCCAGGCUUGCGAAAGCUGUCGCCCGAUGUUAGCCUGUGUGAUUUUCAUUGGCGCUUCCAGUGGUUGAAGCAUGUAUAUUCUUCAUCUUUCUUAUACUUUUCAAGUUUACUAAGGAGCGUUUUGUGGCAGUUUAUCAGUUUUUUACUGCUGGCUGGCACAGCAUUUUUAAGCCAUGCGCAAAUGAAAAUUUCUUAUUCUACAAAGGGUCCAUCAUUUUAAAUGUGCUUAUAGUCGUAGAAUAUUUAUUGAAAUAGUAAGAAUGGCUGGCCAGGAUUUUUGUUUUUGUCAUUAUAACCUGAUAAUUCAUAAUAUUCCUGUUCAUUGAGUUGAGGUUGAAUUUACCAAGCCAGCAGGUUUCAUGGACAUUCGCAAGGUUGAAAAAGUCUCACGAAAGAAACAAAGACCCAUCUGCCCAAGUUUAGCAGUGCAGCACACAGGGAUUUCGGUACUUCUGAAAAACAAAACUUUGCAGCUUAGGAAGUUUUUGCUCUCGUCUGAAGGGCUAACCUAAAACUCAAGAUAUUGCCAAUCUGGGUCAGUAUAUUUGCUAUCACGGUAACAGGAUGUUAUCAGAUGUAUGAUACAGAAAAUUUUGUUGUGUUCUCCUCUCAUUUGCAUUUCCUUAAUACUAAUUUCCAUUUGGUUUCAAUUCUUAGCAUGCUUCAAUAGAGCACAGUGUGAUGACAAAUUUUAGGAGUCUAAAUAAAUUCUAAUUGGUCUAAAUUUAUUAGAUAUGUCUUCAGAUAAUAAUAAGACAGUAUUUGUAGCUGAGAGCUGGAACCGUAAACUGUUAACACUGCUACUAUGUGAAAUUCCUGACUACUUUACCCGAAACCCUAUUCUUGGCGGCUAUUUUUGGUGGACAAAAACAGUCACAUAUAAGGGGUAACUGAAGGGUAAUAUAAAAUAUAAGAAAUUUGAUCAUUUGUAGAAUGUACAUUAUAGAAAGAUGCAGUUGUUCAACGAAACACACAAAUAACAAUGAAUUUUUUAAACUAUAAAAUUAUAGCCACACUAAUUACAGUUGUCACUGACAAGUGGCACUUCAAUAGUGUCAUCUGAGUCAGGGUAACUCCACCUCGCGCUCACAAAUAAAACAGUGAAACUACUGUAGCUUUCAAAUGUUUUAUCCUUAAAGAAUUAUAAACAUUUUUCGUGUGCACUUGUGUGCAAACCACGUCUUGGUGAAGUCUGUGUUCUGGAAUUAUUAUACAUAAUUAAAUUAUUAAAAUGGUGAGAGUAACCACUACCUAGAAAAGCCAGGUGCUAGAGUGUCAGCUGUAUUGUCGUGGCUGCUAUUUUAUGCAUGAUUUUCUAGUCACUUCUUAUUUACACUGUAAGUUGACCUGUGAAAAUGAGAUGGAAGCUUUUUGCAUUUAUAUUUAUGUUGGUGGCAAGCAUUUAUUACGGCAAGAUAGAUUUGCCUUUUCAAAUUCUCUUCACAAUAUCGAGCUGACUUAAGGUUACCUUUGUAGCUGCAGCGUGACGUAUGGAUAGAGCUGGGAUGAUAAGGGCUGCCAAAGUCAAGUGCUAGCAUGUUGGGACCGUAACAUGCAGUUUGACCAAAUACCACUUUUUGUUUAGAGUCAUGUCUAGUUUUGUUUUUCUGGUGGAGGCACGUACACUGACGUAUGGCUUUGAAGAUUAUUUUGUACCAAUAGAAUGUUCAAAUAUGCAUUGCUGUUGUAAUAGACCAGCAAUGUAUGAGCAAGCACUUUGUAUGAGAUUUUGAUGCAGCCGAAUGUACAUGUACAAAAUUUGAUUGUUGUUUCAGUUAUUUCUGCAUAUUACUUGACUGCACUAGCAAACAGUUGGUGCUAGCCUGUCUGUUACUAAUUUAUAGUCUAAAUCACAUUUUCUCAGGCUUUAAAGCAGGUGUAACUAUUUGUACACGAAAUUUCUGUUACUACUAGUGUCUCGGUUUUAGUUUCAAAGUGACCUUGGAGUUGUGUGCGCCGAGAACAGCACAGCAGGAAAUGGACCGGUGUUAGACUUUUUUCUAUUGAAUUAUCACAUGGCAUCAAAGAAUAGCUUUAGAAUAUUAACCCUUUCGCUACUGUAAGAAAAGAAGAAAACGUGCCAAAAUUACCGAAAAUUUUGUUUCGCAUGGCAAUACAAUGAAAGCCAGGACAUAAAUGGCCCAACAUGGACAAGUGUGGCCAUCUAGCAUCAAGAAACACAAGUAUGACGAGUACAGUUUUGAUUGGUUCUGUGCGGGACCAAUUUUUGUUGAUGACGAGUAUAGUCGUCAUCAGUAAUUUUGUUAGAAAAUCUCAUGACGACUAUACUCGUCAAUGAUAGCAAAAGGGUUAAUGCCACAUUUUUUCAUUCAUAAUGCACUUUGUCAUAUUACCCACACUUAGGGGCAUAGCCAGUGGGGGGGUUGGGGGGUUCAAUCCCCCCCCUCGAAAUUUUUCAGUUUUGCAUAUGUAUAUAUAUAUAAACAUACAUACAAACACACGCACGAACAUACAUAAAGUAUGGUCGAACCUCCUUCCCCCCCCCCAAAAAAAAAAAUUUGUUUUUGCUGGCUACCUUACUGACCCACACCAUCAGUUACAAUACGCAGAGAAAAGAAAAAACAAGACAAAACAAUGCAGCUAUUGGCACAAAGCAAAGCUCCAGAACCAAUUUCGUUUUUUGCAAAUACUUCAGUGAUUACUGCAGUUUACCAUGGACGUGAGGGAUCUGUGUUUAUCACUGCAUGUGCAGUUUUAGGCAUUGAGUGCCCAUAAUUUGAUAUCAUUUUGCACAUUGAAUAUUUGGCGUCAGUGGUUGAAGAGGUAGCAUUGCCUAAAGAAAAACUUACUUUUUGAGUAAGCUGUGUAGCGGACCAGAAUUCAAGUGCGCCGUAUGAUAUUUUAUGUUCAUGAACAAUGCUUUAAAUUUUUUUUUGCUCAAUUUGUUUUUGUUUUUAUAGUCUUGCAUCAAUAGUGGAUUCAGAAAUAAGGGAAGGGGGUCGAACCUACCACCUUGUCAUUUGCUACCCAUCACUGCAGCCACUCACGUUUUAUACCCGACAGUCAAGCAAAAUAUUGAACUUGCGGUGCAGGAUGUGUUUAACAACAGAGGUCCUUGCAGUUCGUGAACAGGUUUGAAAUGCCAACUAUUAUUAGUGUUAAUAAAUUUACUGUUGCAGUUUUUAGGCAAAAGUAGCACCACUCUUUGAUACUGGGCUCUUACAAAAAUAUUUAUGAUGGCACGAUUGCCAAGUUUUCGUAAGGUAUUCCACUCAAACGCUGACAUCUAGCAUACCAUUUUUUUCCCGCCACGGUUAAAAUGGAAAUGGUGAUACUAAAUCUCUUCCAUGGAAGUUUUUUCAGCAUAGCGGUAAGAAAAGUGUCUUCUUGUACAAUUUUCGAGAAUCUAGUCAGGAUUUUAGGGAUGUAACCAGAGCAAAGUGUGCACAUUGCACUUCUCUGCUUUGUUUUAGCCCACAAACUCCGAGUGUAAAAAAAAAAAAUUUUUUUAGUUAUUUAAAACUUGAAACUUGAGGCCUGUUGUAGAGGCUGGUAGUGGUGAGGCUGGGCAAUUAUGUUUUUUAGUUCUGAGAUUAACUCACACCGCAUGUUCAACAAUGCCUUGUUUUUUUAUUGCUGCACAAAUUUUAUCAGCUGAAAGCCACCUUGUCCUAACUGCAAAUGCACUUCUUUGCACUGCACAUUUGCCCAACUAAUGGCAGCAGGGCCUGUCGUUCUGAUGAAAUUACGAGAGCCACGUCUGCAUUUUUCAUGUCAUAAUACAAGCGAGCUGUGCUUGGCAGGAAAGAUAGCUUUGCAGUUAUGAAGAGGACCUAUUUUUUGGCAAACCACAUCUGCAAGAGCAAAAUGUGACCUCGAGUGCGAUGCUAGAGUGAGCUUCCUAUUUGUCACAAAGUAGGAGGAUAACAAAGGGGAUCAUUACCAAGCUGUGAUGUGAUGAAUUUGAUUUUUUGCCAUCGUUGCAUCAGGCUGCACAUUGUUGCAUUUAUCAUGUGUGGGAAAGGCAACUUGUAAGGAUGUCUUUCAAUCUUUACGGCUGGCUUUCUUGCAUUAGCUGUGCAACGGGUGGCAAAGCAAACCACCUGGUAGAAGAAAGCAAGCAAUUACCAUAUUUCAUUUAGGCGAUGAAGUGUAGGUACACUGUGUACCUUUAUAAUGUGUUGACAGUGAGAGGAAUAAAAUAAGUGCAUUAGGUUCAUAUUCACAACUGUCUUUCUUUCUUUCUUUAGUAUAACUACACUUGCCUUUUGUGGGGGCCUUCACAUAUAUAUAUACUCAAAUUAUGUGCACAUAUUUUUUUAAUUUAGAUGGCUACACACGAAGUGUCUUUAUUCAAUAAUUUCUAGUGCUACUAGAAGAUAACAAAUUAGUUUAGUGAUGUUCAAACAAAAAGUGCUUAUUUUCUGUCCCAUUGUAUGAACCAGUGUUGCAUGUCCGUAUACAUUUUGUUUUGUUGUUCUAAUCCCUACAAUGCUGUUUUGUGCAGAUUCGCUUAUUUCUGUGCUUUUAUGCUAUCUCUUGGGCCUGAAGCGUACGCAUCUAGGCGCAGUGGCGUACCAACUUGUUCGCGAGUGGGGGGGGGGGAGCCCCUCUUACUCCGUCCGCUGUACACGUGCACGCACACACACACAUAGACGGACACUCAUUUUGAUGUGAUUUUUCAUAUAGGGAGAUGGAAUUUGCUUAGCAGUGUUUAAUAAAAUAACAUAGGAAGUACAGUCAGUUCUACGUAGCAUACACUGGGACAACCAUAGUAUUGCAAGCAACACUUUUUA